AUUUUAACGCCUUUUUUCUUGCGAGGGCUUGGGCGCUGGUUAGGAUGUGGGAGAUGUGGGGAGCUUCCGAUAAUGGGGACGCAGGAAGUUCAUCCACUUCGGCUAAAGUUCGGGAUCCGGGGAGGAAAACCUGUGGAAACCAUGCAUCUGACGUGGACUUUUUGCGGAAAGGAAUUUCUGAAAAGCGCACCGAGGCCGAUGAUGAUGGAGUGGCAUGGGGAGUCAUCCUGGACAUUUCGGUGGUUGCUUCUUCCUUGCUGGUUUGCUGACGUCGUCGUUGUCGUCGUCGUCCGCUGUUCGGGGGCUUUUGCAAACUUGAACUGCUUGGCUCUCUGUCUCUCGCUGCCGUUUGCUGGUUGGAGAGCUGUGUUGGGGCCCGCAGUUUAGUUGCAAACUUAGCCAACGCCACCGUGAUAUUUUCGCGCGCGCCCCGUCAGGUAGAUAGUCCUGUCGUCGAAAGCGAAGCAUUCCCGAGUUCCUAGGUACGGUGUGUGUUUUUUAAUUUUUGCCGCGCGACGCUCUGUGCUCCUCGGUGAGUGGGACCGACGGGACGUGAUUCCUCCACAGUGGCAAGACGAUUCCGGCUGGUGACAAGUGUGUGGGAGGGGGGCGGACGAAGACCGGAGUGGUAAACAGGUAGUGUGGUGUUUCUAGGAUCGCUGUGCUAGGAUUUACCGAAGAAUCCGCCGGGGGAACGGCCCGAGAUGGAAGUCGGAGGGAGGGGAAGAGAGUGAAAAUCAACAACAAUAAAGGAAAACUAGUGCAACAAUAAGACGGCUUAAAAUCUGAGGGUUUUUAUCGUUUGCUCCCGUCGUCAUCGUCGCCGUCGUCGUGCGUCGGUUGGCGAAGGAACGGCCCGUAGGCAGUAGCGCAGGAGGUGCUUGUGUCUUCCGGAAAUGUAGAAAGUUGCAGUCCAAAAUUAGCAUCAAUCGUCUGAUAUGCACCACCGGUCCGAGGUGCAGAUCCGAGACGACCCACGAUCCGCCGGUGCUGAAGAUCUUCGUUCUCGUAUGGAUUCAUCGCCACCGGUGUCGCUAAGUAAGAGACAUCAACCAACAGCACCAGGUCAGCCUGGUAUGCGCAGAGAUAACACCGUUGUAUCCGUAUCGACCGUCAGCAGUAGCACAAGCAGUCGAAAUUCUGAUCCUCGUCAGCCAUCGUCCUUCCAUCGCCAAUCAGCGACAUCAGCAGUUAGUUCCAGUCAGCAUUCCGGAGCAGUUUACGCCAGCAGGAGACUUAGUCCCGGUAGUGAAAGUGCGGUCAGUUCAUCCACAACCUCGGGAAGUGGUAAUCUACGAAGUGGCUCAACGAUACUCGGUGGUGGCACAUCGUCUUCUUAUACAUCAGCUGCCAGUUUGGAUCGCGCUUCAGCACUUUUGCGACACGGAACAACAUCUUCUUCGACUUCCUCACCGUCAGUAGGUGUGCUUAGUGGACUGCCCGCUGGAUUAAAAGAAUCAAGCAAGUGCCCCACGCCGGGUUGUGUAGGAUUAGGACACGUCACUGGCCUCUACUCCCAUCAUCGGAGCUUGUCCGGAUGUCCCCGACGGGAUAAGGUGUCAUCUGAAUUACUAGCACUUCACGAAACAAUCCUCAAAUGCCCAACACCUGGUUGUAACGGACGAGGUCACGUUAGCGCCGGCCGUAAUUCUCAUCGUAGUCUAUCAGGUUGUCCGAAGGCAGCCGCCAGUAAAGCUGCAGCACGAGAACUCAAAUAUCAAAAUGGUCUGUUGUUUCGCCAGAAACUCCAUUCGGCUGUGCUGAACUAUCAACAGUUGAACGAAUAUCGAUCUUCGCUGAUCAAUCAAGUGCAGCGUAGCCGUAGUAUCUCUCCUGUAGAUAAGGAGGACAGAGCAGCCGAGGAGCCGCAGAACUUGAAGACGACUGAGCGUAGAGAGGAAGAACCUCGCGAGAAACGUGCUGAAGAUAGCAUAACGAAACCUGUAGAAGAAAUCACUCCUGUGAUUAAAACAGAAAAACCAGAUUUUGACAGUGAAGCACCAAAUAAAGACACCAUGCUGGACAGCAGUAGCUACGGUCGGGAGACUGACUACCGAUACGGUCAGCAACAACAAUCACAUCAACAGUAUACGAACUCUCAUAUGGGUGGCUCCGCGGUCGGAUAUGACUUCGGAGGCUACCCGACUCGAGCUUACGACUCCGGGGCAUUCGAUCGAUAUGACCAUGGCUACGGUCCCGGCACUCGAUAUGCCCCAUAUGGUUUGAUGGAAGACUACAGCGCAUCUUCGGCAGCGGUGGGGUUUCAUCAGGCCUCGGGUCAGACUUCCAGCCUUGGUUUAACGGAGUCGACCCCACCGGUACUGAAGCAGGAAAUGGACGACAACAACAGUUCCCAGGCUGGCCCGAUAUGCCCUCGACCGGUCUAUCAGCAGCAAUACGAAUCGAGCAACAGCAACAACAACAACACCAGCAGCAUCAACAACAGCAAUACCAAUACCAACAGCAGCAGCAACAGCUCUGGUGGAACGGUGGCGCCAACAAUGGGCCCUACAGUGGCACGGUCGGGCUUUUCGGCGAUCAAUUUGAGUGUCAAGACUACUUCGGAUAUGGCUACGGAAGCGGCUAUCCAGGGCAGUAAAUCGCCACGCCGUGAACGUGAUCCGGCUGUCGAUUUGUCUAGUGGAAACUUAACUUCGCCCAGAAAAAGUCCCACAUCAUCCGAGGAAAGUGGCGCUUUGGGAGCUGCUCCGGCAGAGAGUCCUCAGCGUCAAACGUUGGAUUUGAGCGUUAAUCGCUUACCAAACAGCACUGCUAGUCCGCAAAGUAACCAUCGAGCUUCUUCCGGAUCACCCGUACCGAGAUCACCCCAAGCCGAACCUGUGGACUUCAGUGGACCUUCCCGUCCAGGGCUGAGCUUUGGUUUCAUGGCUCCUCCGCCGGCCAUGGGCUACAGCCGUGAGUCGACACCGGACAGUGCAUCCUCGCACUACAUUUCCGAUGGCUAUCGAGAUCACAACGGUUACAGUCCCCAUCCCGGCUACAUGGAGUACGCAGCGAACCCGUCCGGCUACCCUGGAUACGGCGCUCCCACAGGAGCGUACCAGGGCUGCAGCCCCUAUGGUGCUCCUCCGCCGCCGCCGCAUCACCACCAUCUGUACUCGUCCGGAGCGGCGUAUUCGACGGCCGGUGGUCACUACUCGAUGCCCCCGCCGAGCCAUAUUCCGUCCCAGGAGCGGUUGCUGCAGGAAGGAUUGACGGGGCUCGGUCGUGCGUUCCAUGCGAGCUCACAGGAGCUCAAGUGUCCCACACCGGGUUGUGACGGAUCCGGGCAUGCCACGGGCAACUACUCGUCCCACCGGAGCCUGUCCGGGUGUCCGAGGGCAACCAAGCCGAAGAAUAAGCCACGGGACGGAUCGGAAGCGGAACCAUUGAGAUGCCCUAUUCCCGGUUGUGAUGGAUCUGGUCAUUCGACUGGAAAGUUCCUAUCCCACCGAAGCGCCUCAGGUUGUCCGAUCGCCAGUAGAAACCGUCUGCGAGUUAUUGACACCGGUGGAACACCAAUCGGAGGAUUAACGUUCGGCAGUGAAUCCGGUUGUACCACACCUGGUUGUGAAGUGUCCCCAGUUCACAAGAAGAUGAAAUACAUCGAUGAUGAUACGGAGAGGAUGUCCAAGAGCUACAACGGAAUGAACGAACUCGUUACGUCCAAUGACACUCGCAGCAGUGAAGCUAGCAAUCAUUCCCUACGAGAUACUGAACUUCCACCAAAUACUUACAUUCCGCAAGAAACCUACCAGCAGCAAUCCACCGCAGCCGAUCAGCCGUCGCACCAUCAGACGACCGGUCCCGCCGCCAACGGUGAAGAUCUGCUCUCGCUGGAAGCGGAAAUCUCCGAACUGCAGAGAGAGAACGCCCGAGUCGAGUCGCAAAUGCUGCGCCUCAAAACGGACAUCAACGCCAUGGAAUCGCAGCUAGGUCACGUCGAUCGGCAAACUGAAGGUGCCGCAAUCGGCAAUGGAAUUGUGAACGAGUUCUACGGCGGUGGUGGUGGCGUCAAACAACCAUCUUCCGUCAGCGAGGACCGAACGGAGGUGAAACUAGAAUGCAAGUUAUCCAAUGGUAAAACACACGACAACAACAAUGGAGACAUGUUUAAAAAUCAGAAUAACAGCAGCAGUAUGAUGGAACAGGAGCAGCACCACCAUCAGCAGCAGUCCUACUACAGCUAUCCGGAUCCUUCCGUCGGGGGUCGAUCCCGAUACUACGAACCCAUGAAACUUAGUGCAAUGCCCGACUAUGGGAAAACAUUGACCACUGCGUCGACUUAAGUCCGUCAGGAUUGAGACUUGUAUACUUUCACGUCUAGAACUAGUGGUAGAUUGAUAGAAGGUAAAAAACAAAUGAAAUCGAUGUAUAACGAGCUGCAAAACCACUGAUAUUUCUUAAACUGCAAAAGCCUCCGAAUGAGUUUCUUCGAUUCAGCUAAACCCCAACAAAACUAAACAACAUAUCAGUAGGAUUACAAUGGUCUCAGUUUCGAAUUUCUAUCGUUAACUAUCAUAUGCUGAAACAAUUAUUUUUCUGUGCGGAGCUUGAAACUAAAAGCCAAAGAUUUAUUUUAAAGACGAUUAUCAUCAACUCUCCAAGUGCUUCUUUACGCUACCAGAAGUAAACAAAAUAAAU